AUGGGUUCUGAAAAUACUGAUCUUCCAGUCAUAGAUUUGUCCAAGGAAGCUGCAUUACAACCAGGCAGUCCAGAGUGGGAUUUGGUGAAAGUUAAAGUGAGAGAUGCACUCAAGGAGUUUGGCUGCUUCAAGGCUUUGUACAACAAAGUUCCAUUAGAGCUUCAAAGCUCCUUCUUUGGUGGUGCAGUUGAAGAGCUUUUUAACCUUCCUAGUGAAAUAAAGCAGAGAAAUGUCUCUAAAACUAUGUUACAUGGUUAUAGGGAGUCCAACCCUAUGGUGCCAUUGCUUGAGAGCUUGGGCUUUGAUGAUCUUGAGGUUUUUCAAGAGGUUGAAAACUCCAUUAACAAGUUAUGGCCUCGAGGGAAACCUACUAUCAGUAAACUUUUGCAUUGUAUGGGAAAACAACUAGUUGAGAUAGAUCAAGCUGUUAGAAGGAUGGUUUUUGAAAGCAUGGGUGUUGAGAAAUACUUGGAAGAACACAUGAACUCAACCAGCUACAUUCUUAGGGUCAUGAAAUAUAAACCAACUUAUAGCACUGAACCACAGCCUGGAAUCAUAUGGCACACUGAUAAACACAUGCUAACCAUCUUGUAUCAGAAUGAGGUUGAUAGUUUAGAGGUACAGACCAAAGAUGGAGAUUCUAUUAGCGUCAAGCUAUCGCCAGACUCGUUCGUCGUCCUUAUUGGAGAUCCUCUCUAUGCAUGGACAAAUGGUCAUCUACAUAAUCCACUUCAUCGGGUAAUGUUGAAAGGAAAUGAGACAAGGUACUCUACGUCGACGUUUUCGAUCCCGAAAGCAGGUUUCACGGUGAGAGCUCCGGUGGAAUUGGUCGACAAAGAACACCCUUUGCUCUUUAAACCAUUUGAUCACUAUGAAUACAUUGAAAGUUACAGUCAGUUAAAACUAGGGAGGCUUCAUGGUAGCACCCUCAAAAUUUACUGUGGCAUCUAA